CUCAGGAUCAAUGCGAUCUGCUGGAAAACCGGCCGGUCUCGAGGACAACAAGGGACACGUUGGUUUUAUGGUGGUGUCAGUGGCCUCAUGGAGGGCGCUGGCCGCGAUAAGGUCAUCCUCGGAAGCGGUACUAGGCAGAGAUGGCGUGCCGGUGAUGUUUCCAUGCACCGUAUUAUAGAGCGAGUAUUUGUCGAUGAAAUAAAGAAUAAUUUGUGCUGUAUUAUUUUUAUUUUUAAUUAAUAUAUCUUGCUAUCUUUUUCAUUAUGACCAGUUCUGUCAGUACAAAUCCAUCAACUCUAUUGCCUUUAGAAUUAGUCGACAAAUGUAUUGGUUCUCGGAUACAUAUUAUUAUGAAAAAUGAUAAAGAAAUUGUCGGCACUUUGUUAGGCUUUGACGAUUUCGUAAAUAUGUUACUCGAAGAUGUGACAGAAAGCGAAGCAACACCGGAAGGAAGAAGAGUCACCAAACUUGAUCAAAUAUUACUUAAUGGAAGCAAUAUUACAAUGCUUGUACCUGGUGGAGAAAUGCCUGAUACGUAAAAGAUGAUUCUUUUAUUAUGUGUUAUAUAAUCAAAAUUUGAUCAUUAAUUCAUACGUAUCUACUAUAGAAUAAUAAAAAUUUCUAUUAAAUAAGGAUAAUAAUUGAAAUAAAUAUUAAGAAGAAAUUAAUGUA